AUGUACAGAAGUACAUUGUGAGGAAUUAUUUCUACUAUUACCUGUUCAGAUUUUCAGCUGCUUUGGGUCAAGAAGUGUUCUAUAUCACGUUUCUUCCAUUCACUCAAUGGAAUAUUGAUCCUUAUUUAUCCAGAAGGCUGGUCAUCAUCUGGGUUUUGGUGAUGUACAUUGGUCAGAUGGCCAAGGACAUCUUGAAGUGGCCCCGCCCCUCCUCCCCUCCCGUUGUGGUGCUGGAGAAGAGAGUGAUGGCUGAGUAUGGAAUGCCGUCCACCCAUGCCAUGGCGGCCACUGCCAUUGCCUUCACCCUGCUCAUCUCUACCAUGGACAGGUACCAGUAUCCCUUUGCUUUGGGACUGAUGAUGGCCGUGCUGUUUUCUACCUUGGUGUGUCUUAGCAGGCUCUACACCGGCAUGCACACAGUCCUGGAUGUGCUGGGUGGCGUCCUGAUCACCGCGCUCCUCAUCGUCCUCACUUACCCUGCCUGGACCCUCAUCGACCACCUGGACUCGGCCAGCCCACUCUGCCCUGUGUGUAUCACAGUCAUACUGUUCUGCUUGUGCUACAAUUACCCCACGUCGGAGUUCUACAGCCCAACCAGAGCGGACACCACCACCAUUGUGGCUGCCGGGGCUGGAGUGACCAUAGGCUUCUGGAUCAACCAUUUUUUCCAGCUUGUGUCCAAGCCCACCGAGUCUCUCCCUGUUAUUCAGAACAUCCCACCGCUUACCGCUGGCAUGCUGGUUUUGGGUCUGACCAAAUUUGCAGUGGGAAUCGUGCUGAUCCUCUUGGUCCGUCAACUUGUACAGAAUCUCUCCCUGCAAGUGCUAUACUCGUGGUUCAGGGUGGUCACCAGGAACAAGGAGGCCAGGCGGCGGCUGGAGAUUGAAGUGCCUUACAAGUUUGUCACCUACACGUCGGUGGGCAUCUGCGCUACAACCUUCGUGCCAAUGCUGCACAGGUUUUUGGGAUUACUCUGACAGUUGCAAAGUAGCUCACUGGACAUGGGGCCAAGACGUAGGAAAGUUGUUGGGUGGGCAAGUCUUGACAUUUGUUUUUCUGUCAAAAUAAACCUUAAGCCAGCGUGGUUUUGCUGAUACCAGA